AUGGUAAAAAGAGUCUUUAUUCCACAAAGUUUGGCUUUUACUACUUAUUUGUUUUAUUUACUAUGUCUUACAGGAGUAUUGGGAAAUUCUUGGUCUCUUCAAGUAUCGAGAGACGUUAGUGGUGAGAUCGGUAAAGCCGCCUCUUUGCCGUGUUUGUUUUCUCACCACCCUCACAAGAACUACCAUGGCGGGAUAACGGUCAUCUGGCGAGUCAAACAACCGUACAAUGGAACUGUGGUCUUCAGGUGUUCCAGCGACCAUGUUACCGAGCCAUGUAAAACCACCGUGAACUACAUGAACAAAUUUCGACUCGUUGGAAGCCCACGAAACAACAAUGUCUCCAUCACCAUAGGAAACCUGACUUGGGAGGACAAUAAUAGGUAUUAUUGUCGGGUGGAACUGUCUAGUGACCGGCAUGAUAAAUACGAGACCAAAACUGGGACUUGGUUGCAUGUAUCUGCCCCUCCCAGGAUCGUCAACAUCUCGGUGGGAUUUGAUCACAGGCGGGGAUACCAUGCAGUCUGUAUUGCGGAAGGAGAACCUGCCCCCUCUUUGCUCUGGAUUGACCCUCAGAACCAUCACCAGGACACACUUCCAAGCAGCUUCACCUUGAAGCAUCAGAUGAUCACAGAGCUCCAUUAUCUGCACCAGGAUGGGAAGUAUAUCUGUGUGGCCACCAACAGUCAUGGCAGAACAGAGGGCUCGGUGUUCUUCUUCAAGUUCAGGCCGCAGCCCAACAACAGCUUUCCAUACGUGAUGCUGUGGGCUGCCCUGGGAGCUAAACUGCUGAUGCUGCUCCUGAUGUUUGCUGCAGCAAGCUACUACAGCAAAGGUGAGCAGCUCUGCCUUGUUAAGGUGGACCUUUCGGAGGGUUUACAGUGUAACUCUAGCAGCACGGCGGGAGCUGAGAGGUGGGUGCAGGAAGUGCCUAGUAGUCCUAGCAACCUACAACAGGGGGAAUGA